UUAGUCCGGAUGAUAGGAAAUAUCUUCGUUUUUUCUGGGGCAACGUCUGUUAUCAGUUUACCUGUUUACCCAACGGGUUGUCUUCAGGGCCCCGAGUCUUCACAAAGAUUAUGAAACCGGUGUUUUCUCAUCUUCGAAAAUUAGGUCAUGCUAAUGUAUCCUACAUUGACGAUAGCUUAUUACAGGCAGACUCUUAUGACCAAUGUGUAGCUAACAUAGAGGCUACCGUUGAUUCUAUGGACUCGUUAGGACUUACCAUUCACCCUGAAAAGUCGGUACUUAGGCCUACUAGAUGUAUAACAUUCCUUGGUUUUGUGUUAAACUCAGAAACUAUGACAAUAUGUCUUACUAAGGGAAAAGCUGACAAUGUAGUCCAUGUGUGUCAGGAGCUCUUGAACACUAAAGUAACUAGCAUCAGACAUCUAGCACAAGUCGUUGGGAAAAUGGUUGCUUGUGCUCCUGCAGUUCCACAUGCCCCUUUAUUUUAUAAAACGUUGGAACAUGAAAAAGACAGUGCACUUAAGUUAGCGAAAGGGAAUUUUAAUAACACAGUGCGUAUUUCCACAGAAGCUAGAGAGCAGGUAUUAUGGUGGAUUAAUAACAUUCAUCAGAGUGCUAAUCCAGUGUACCGCGGGUCCCCUGACCUUGUUUUAGAGACGGACAGUUCUGGCACAGGGUGGGGAGGCCUUGUGAAAGGUGACGGACAUGAUCAAUUACAGACAGGGGGACAUUGGUCUCACAGUGAACAACAAAACCAUAUAAAUUACCUUGAAUUAUAUGCAGCUUUUCUUACUCUACAGUGUUUCUGUAAUUUAAAACGUAACAUUCAUGUGCGACUUUAUAUGGAUAACACUGUCGCAGUAAACUAUCUUAAUAACAUGGGUGGUAAGAAACCUUAUUUACAUGACCUCACUAGAGAGAUGUGGUUGUGGUGCAAGGAACGUGACAUUUGGUUGUCUGUGUGUUACCUGCCAGGUGUCACUAACGUUGAAGCUGACAAGUUGUCGAGAAAGAUCUCCGAUGACAUUGAGUGGAGUUUAAAUGUACAUAUUUUCCAAAAGGUGUGUGACAUAUUCGGGAUACCAGACAUAGACUUGUUUGCUUCUCGAAUCAAUGCCCAAGUGACUUCGUAUGUGUCGUAUCUACCUGAUCCUACAGCUAUAGCUGUAGAUGCUUUUAGCUUAUCAUGGUCACAUGGAACUUAUUAUGCUCUUCCACCUUUCAGUCUCCUGGGGAGAGUCUUGCAGAAGGUGGAGGAAGAUGUGACACAGAUGAUACUAAUUGCACCGUUGUGGACCACACAGCCAUGGUUCCCGAAACUUCUGAGACUGGUAACAGCCCCACCGGUAAUACUGCCCAACAGGUUACCAUGCCCAUUGCUACAGUUGCGGAACAACCCAACCAGGCAACAUCCAAUGCAGAAAUUACGACUGAUAGCAUGCAAGUUAUCAGGGAGAGCCUGCGACGUCAGGGAGUUUCGUCGCCAGUUGCCUCCAUCAUUCUUGCAUAAUGGAGGACAUCCACCCAGAGACAAUAUGGGGUCCAUAUCCGCCGAUGGUUGUCUUUUUGCGAGCAAGGGACAGUUGAUCCGCUGCAACCAUUUGUGAAUGACAUACUUAAAUUCUUAUCAGUAAUGUUCAACAAACGACUGGGAUAUAGUAGUGUAAAUACAGCUAGGUCGUGUAUAAAUUCAUUUUUAGAAUUGGCUGGUAAUAUCUCUUUUAUAAACAAUGUACUCAUAAAAAGAUUCAUGAAAGGUAUAUACCAAAUAAGACCUGCAUUACCAAGAUAUUCCACAACAUGGAGUGUUUCAAUAGUGUUACAAUAUUUACAAACUCUUUCACCUGUACAUACUAUUAGUCUUAGAUUUUUGACAUUUAAAUUAGUCAUGCUUCUAGCGUUAUUAACAGGACAAAGAUGCCAGACACUUCAUGUUUUAGACAUUAGGAAUAUUACUUUGACCGAAUCUCAAGUGACAAUUGUUAUUGGAGAUCUUUUGAAACAAUCAAAACCAGGUCGACAUUUGGCGCCUAUCAUAUUGCAGGCUUUUCCUGCAGACUUAUCAUUAUGUGUGGUAACUGUGUUUAAAGAAUACCUGAAGAGGACUAAAGUGUUGCGGAAGGAAGAGACACAAUUGUUGAUUAGUACGGUAUCACCGCAUAGUAAAGUUUCCAAACAAACUAUUGCUAAUUGGAUUUAGCUUGUGUUAGCAAAAUCGGGUAUAGACACGUCGGUGUACAAACCGCACAGCACCAGGAGUGCAUCAAUGACAGCAGCAAAAACUGCGAAUGUGCCGAUCACAACCAUCCUACAGACUGCGGGAUGGAGUACAGACUGUACUUUCCGAAGGUUUUAUUGUAUUCCUUCAUCCCAGACUCAGUCGACUGGGACAAUAAAUACGGGUACUAGACUUUUGGAGCAGUUUGCUCCUCCAUCAAAUAUCGGAGAAUAGACUUCUCACAAUUCUAUUAUGUGUUGUAUAUAAAUGUACAUGCGUUAAAAGUUUAUAUUACAAAUG